GUGAUCCACAUGGUGAAUGCUUAAAAUCAGUUAUGUAUAUAAAUACAUGUAUAGUAUGUUUUUAAGAAACUAAAGAGUGAUAGAAAAGUGAUAAAAAAAAUCAGAUUAAAUGGAAAUCAGUACAUAUUCUUUAUGUAUUUUCUCAAUAUUAAUAAAAAGUUAUUGUAACGUAUAUAAUACGUUACGUAUGUGAUAACAAAUUGCAGAAAUGAAUGAUUAUGAUGAUGUUAGUAUACUCGCACAACAAAUUAGAGAAACAAAUAAACUUUCUCACGAGGAUAAACAGCUUUUGAGAACUUUACAUGUAAAAUUAAAAAAUUCUCCAUUACCACAACAUGAAAUUGAAACUCGUGCUGGAUCUCGUCCUCCAACAUGCGAGGAAAUGAAAAAAUUUGAAGAAAUAACACCUGUUAAGAAAGGAUGUUAUAACUCAUCAGAGGAUGAAAUAAUUACCCAUAAUUGGAAGGAAUUUUGUAUGUUGCAUAACUGGAAUCCUAUAAAAGUUGAACCAUUUUUACUUUUGAGAGAGGGAAAUGAAACAUAUAUUCGCGGCAAGAAGCAAAGAAAAAGAUUUGUUCAGUUUUUAGCAGAUGGUUUGCCAAACAGGACUUUGUACAGUGUAUAUCAUAGGUUUAGAAAUUUGUAUGCAGUUCGUUUCCAAAGAAGGUUUCAUCCAGACGAAGAUAAAAUGAUCUUGGAUCACCUAGAGCAUAAUGCGAAUCUUGAUCAAAAGCGGAAAUAUACAGACUUAGCGAAGGUUUUAAAACGAACUCGAAUUUCUAUUUGGCGGCGUUAUAAAUUACUCAAGAAAAAACGUCGGGAAAGUAAAAAAUUGUAUUAGCUUUUCAUGAUGAUUGUAUGUUGCCUAUGUCAGAUUUGUUUAAAAACAGUUUCAAGCUACUUAUUUUAAUAUCAUCAAUGUUCGAAUGAUAUCCGUUAUAUUUUUUCAUUCUACUGUUUAGCAAUAUUUAAAGACCGAAAUUCUACUACAAAUCGGUGUGGACAUGAUAUUCGCCUUAAGGAUUAAUAUAUUGCUUUAAAAAUUUUAUUUAUUUUCCAUAUUUGCAUAUUUAAAUUCAUUUAAACAUUAUACUUUAUUGAUACACACUAUGUUAUAUAUACAAUAAUCGAAACAAAAUUCAUUUAAAUUUGAUGGAAUUUGAUGAAUACUUUAAAGUUUACUGGUUUAACCAAUAUGAAUAUUUAAGUUAAUUUUGUAUACUAUCAAAAAAAAAUAUUUUGU